ACCUACUCGUUAAAAAUGGCGUCGCAGUCAAACAUUUCUUUAAACAUUUCAUUAAAUAUCGACUCUUCUGAACCUGAGAAUGAGUCCAAUCUCGAGGAACAAUCACUAAAAAUACAUGACGAAUCCUUAGGCGUGAGAUGGAAAGCUGACAGACCAUGGUGCAUGAGGUUAAUGGUAUUAAUAUACAAUGAAGUGAAGAUACAGACGUUACUGGCUUGGUGUAAUACACUAGGUGGGGCACAUUCCUCUCUUGGAGAAACCACCCUAAGACAUGCAGCAGAGGCUGGGUUGAUAUCACGUAGACAGUACGAAUUGUCUCAUGAGAAAGGAGACCACGUGAUGAUGUGUAGGUGUCGCCUGUACCUUGCCUUCUCUCACUUGCAACUUAAAAACUUAAAAGAAGCAAAGACUAUCAUCAAAGAGGAGUAUCAUAACUUGAAUACACAAACCUCAGAACCAGACAGAAAAUUACUAAACAUGUGUUUGUCGGCUUGGAACAAGUACAAACAGAUAAAGAAAGGUUCAAAGAAGCUCACUGUAUCAAGUUAAUAAUUCAAGUCCUUGAUUCAUGUGGUACAAGACCUAACUUGUACUUUAGUCCAAAGGUCAUUCAUCCUACAUGCACAUGUACAUGCACAUGUACAUGUACUUGUCAUCAAUUUUUCUAUAAUUACUUUACUAUAACACCUACUCUGAGAGGACAUGCUUUUAAGAAACCCUGUACGGUUAUUAUAAGAGAACCUUUAUGAUUAAACUUUAACGUUAUACGUAAGACGUCCUUGAGUUGUAGCCCUUUCUCUUCCUCUGUGCUAAAACUCAUUCAUUUCUUCACAAGUCUCCCUUCUCAAUGGAUUGAAGUCUUUCGAUGGUAAAAAGGACAAUUGGCAACUGAUAGUAGAGACAAUCAUCACAACCAUUGAUGCGUCAUCAACAAGAAUAAAAUACUUCAUAUUUAGCGAUGGAGCAGGAAUAAGCACAAUCCUUAUUAACUGGCUGCAAUUAGCGCAAUACAUGUACAUGUAUCUUAUAUGAGCACCUCCUCCUUUGAAUUUAAAGAGAGACCUUCUUUAUAUAAAUACAUGCAAAUCACUCGUUAAAUUCUUUUAUUUAUAAUACACGUUUUAAAUGCUGUUACGUAUCAUUUCAUAAUGAGUUUUUAGAAAAGAUGUUGGUAACAUUACAGGGUAUGUUAGUACUUCCUUUGCUUGAAUGGGGCCUGUGUGCUCUUUCUCCUAUCAGAUCUGAUCUUUUGUUCA